AUGUUUCCCACCUUUACAGGAAACUCUCGACGCCCUCGGAACGUGAAUCUCAGCGGCCAGAAUCUCAACCCCUUCGCCGCCACAUCAUGGACUCCAUCCGCAGGAUCCGGCGCCUCCAAGACAGUUUCUAACGCACAGGCUGAACGAGCUCAGAGGCAACAAGAUCGUGAGAAACUGAAAGCGGCGGGCAAGAUACAGAAGACAUGGAGGGGCCAUCGUGCCAGGAGGCGACUUCGAGACUUCCGUCGAGAGGCAUUUGAUGCUCUUUACUCGUCAAGAUCCGACUUGGGUACACAGCAAAGACUAUCAACGGCUUUGCCACUGCUGUUGACAACCUUUCAGUCCACUCACACCGACGAUUUACAACGGCUCAUCCUGUUCUCCCGAGAGCUGAGUACGACUAGCUUUGAAUGUCUUGCCUCCGAUCGACUUCCUCCUUCUAGACUAGCACGGUUCGUCCGCAUACUGGUAGAAGCCUUGGAAAUUCAGAUUUCGAACAAUCUUCAUCCAGACGACACCCAACUCCUCCUCAUCCUCCUUACUCAGAUUGUCGGUACCGCACCCGAGUCGCUCUACAAAUCGUUCCGGCAAUACUAUACUGUCCUCGCAGAGAUAAGUAGUGCAUCUGGUGUUGAUGAUGCAGUUCUGGAGGUUGCUUCCAAAGCUGUCCUUGUUCCGCUAGGAGCCACUUCCGUGAACGGUAUACCUAAUGAGCCUCAGUCUUACAUGUGCCACUCUACUAAUAGCCAAGCAGAAACUUAUAGCUUGGCAGCAUAUGAGGCCUUUUCUCUGUCAUUCCUAGCACGGCGUGAUGUGCACCUCGUCGAAAAGCAUCCUCAAGUCUUCUCCCGCAGCCUCGACUCCACCUACCUCGCAUCGGCAAUUACAAAAGCGUACCGUGAGGGACACAUAAAUGGUGUUAGUCGAGAUAAUCAGAUUUGGCUUCUAGCACAUUUUAUUGGCCUAUACCAGGAGACUGGCGCCAAAUUGCAGGGACUAAUGCACUUGGAAGCGUUACACCUGCAACUCUCAAGCCUAUCCACAGAUAUUAGCUUAAGGCUAUCCGUAAAAUCACCAGAUUCUAUCUCAAACACGGAAUCAAGCGGCAUCGAGGAGCAACUGAUCCGGCCAUUACCUGUGUAUGUUCAUCAACGCCUUACAUCGUUGGUGGACAAAGACGGCAUCUCAAUUCUGCUGGCUGAACUGACUACUAAUUUUGGAUCUCAAUCUACUAAUGAAGAGUUCGAGACUGCAAGUCUGUUGUCAGGAUACAUACUUACUCUCCUCCGAUGCUUCCCUAACCACGGCGAUGAGAUUCGCAUGCGGCUAUUUUUAGGGGAUGUUUCUUCCAGCUCAGGCAGUUUACCUACCAUCAUUUUUCUCUGGCAGGCGAUGAGCCAGACUAGCAUUUACAGACAUAUUCUGCAGGACUCAACGGCUGUCAUAGGCUUGCUGCGAGACUAUCUUUCAAAGUCCAAGUCAGCAAACGCAUCGAAAGAACAGGAAUGGAGAUUAGUGUUACUGUUCCUCGAGUUAUACAUAUUCAUCCUCCGCUUGAGUGACGAUGAGGACUUCUUCAGCAGUAUCUUUCCUGGACUUCUGAAAAGUAGCGAACAACCAUCUCGUCUCCGAUCAUGUGGGCUUUCCCUCCGGGAGGUGGAAAAGCUCACAAUUGUUCUAAAGCAUCUGGCAUUUACAUUGCACUACAACGCUCAGGAUAUCCAGCAGGGCAUCCAGAACUCUGAGCCGAUAUCAAUGAGUCAGCUCGAGUCGUACUUCGGAACUAGCGCUACAAAGACGCUGAAGGACGCAAAGACGCACAACACGAAGGCCAGCUCGUCGGACACAAGGCUUGAUCUGAGCAGCCUGCGGAGUAUUGUCACUACAGCAUUGCGACUGCUGUACGAGCGAGACUCGAGGCGACCGUUCUUGCCUCCGGAUCACUGGCUGAUGACAUCUAAAUUUGAUAUGGAAGGCUUUGUCAGCGCUGUUGUCGCUGAACAAGAACGGCAACAGAAUGAGAUGUCUGAUUCGAGCGACGGCGAAGAUGAUGAUAUCGAUGAAGAUGCGAACAUCGGUGGCAGCUUUAUUCACACCAUAGCUGGACAACGAGUGUCACGACACGCUCAAAUUGAGAAACUUCGAGCUCAACAGCGAAAGGUACAGAGGGAUCGUCUUCUGGCCGUCAUUGGUCCGAAGUUGGAAAUACUGAGACACAUGCCCUUUGUCAUCCCUUUCGAUACCCGCGUUCAGAUAUUUCGUCAGUUUGUCUAUCUUGACAAGCACAAACGCAGGGAUGGCAUGGACCCUGACCAGUGGAGAAUGACAAUGCUGCAUAAUCCCCUAAGAUCCCCGGGUAGGGGCCCUGCGGGGCGUCAUCACGGCAAGAUCAGACGAGGCCAGGUGUUCCAGGAUGCCUUUGAGCAGUUCUACGAGCUAGGAGAAGGCCUCAAAGAACCAAUACAGAUCCAGUUUGUCGACCAGUUUGACACAGUUGAGGCAGGUAUCGAUGGAGGUGGAGUAACGAAAGAGUUUCUCACAAGUGUUACAACAGAAGCCUUUGGGCAGAUGGACGGCAUCUCACUAUUUACGGCCAAUAAUCAAGGCCUCCUAUACCCAAACCCGACAGCCAUGGACGAACUUAAAGAAGCUUUGAGACGAGCUGGCGUUCCCGAAUACACUGCAGAAUGGCAAGACCAAGUGCAGGACCUGCUCCGCCAGUUUGAGUUCCUCGGCCGCAUCGUGGGCAAAUGCAUGUACGAGGGCAUCCUCAUAGACAUUGCAUUUGCUGGGUUUUUCCUAUUGAAGUGGAUUUCUGGUCAAACAGGAGAAAACAGCUACCGUGGCAACGUCAACGAUCUGAGGGACCUUGAUGAAGAGCUCUAUCAGGGCAUGCUACGUUUGAAGAACUUCACGGGGGAUGUGGCGGAUCUGUCGCUCGAUUUUACCAUCACUGAUCAAAUCUCAUUACCGGGGGAGCCUGUGCGUACCGUUACGAGGAAUUUGAUUCCUAAUGGAGAGAAUGUCACCGUCACCAAUGACAACCGACUUCUUUACAUAUCCUAUGUAGCCCGCCAUCGUCUCGUUGCUCAGCCCGCUCAACAGACCGCCGCCUUCCUCCGUGGACUGCGCUCCAUCAUUGCACCCUCUUGGCUAUCGAUGUUUAACCAGAACGAGUUACAACGUCUUGUGGGCGGUGACAGCUCCGAGAUUGAUGUUGACGAUCUGCGUCGGAACACCAUUUACUCGGGGCUGUAUGAGGUCGGAGACGACGGCUUGGAGCACCCUACAGUACAGCUGUUCUGGAAAGUGAUGGCAGGAUUCUCUGACAGAGAGCGUCGAGACGUACUCAAGUACGUGACCAGUACACCACGGGCACCGCUUUUGGGCUUCUCGCAGUUGAGCCCGCGGUUUAGUAUCCGCGAUGGCGGCGAGGAUCAGGAGAGGCUGCCGAGCACGAGUACUUGCGUCAAUCUGCUCAAACUGCCGCGAUACAAGGAUGAGGAAACACUCAGGAAGAAACUGCUCUACGCUGUCUCUUCGGGAGCUGGGUUCGAUCUCAGUUAA